UCACCUUCUUCUUAUAUAUAGAUAGAUUACAUUACAUUACCCACCAAACCAUAACCAAAUUUAAACCUCACCAGACACUCCUCACUCCUCUCACCUUCACUUCUUAAAUUCUUACACUCUUCUCCGACUCUCAAGGGAGUGGAAUCUCUAAAAGGGUGUUGGUGAAGUUGCUUCUUUUCUUUGUUCACAAACUAAAACUAUGGCUGGGACUGGGUUGUUUGCAGAGAUUUUGGAUGGAGAGCAUGUGUACAAGUACUAUGCGGAUGGGGAAUGGAAGAAGUCAACUUCUGGGAAAACUGUUGCUAUCAUCAACCCAACUACAAGAAAGACUCAGUACAAGGUUCAAGCCUGUUCACAAGAAGAGGUAAAUAAGGUCAUGGAUUUGGCAAAAACUGCACAGAAAUCAUGGGCAAAGACUCCACUUUGGAAGAGAGCAGAACUCCUUCACAAGGCAGCUGCUAUCCUCAAAGAGCAUAAAGCCCCAAUUGCUGAAUGCCUUGUAAAAGAAAUCGCAAAGCCAGCUAAAGAUUCAGUAACUGAGGUUGUGAGGUCUGGGGACCUGGUUUCUUACACUGCUGAAGAAGGGGUUAGGAUUCUGGGGGAGGGAAAGUUCUUGGUCUCUGAUAGUUUCCCUGGAAAUGAGAGAACCAAGUACUGCCUCACUUCUAAGAUUCCACUUGGGGUGGUUUUAGCCAUUCCCCCAUUUAACUAUCCUGUCAACCUUGCUGUGUCAAAGAUUGCUCCUGCACUGAUAGCUGGAAACUCCAUUGUGCUCAAGCCUCCAACUCAGGGUGCUGUUUCUGCUCUCCAUUUGGUGCAUUGCUUUCACUUGGCUGGUUUUCCCAAGGGUCUUAUAAACUGUGUCACUGGGAAAGGCUCUGAGAUUGGAGACUUCCUUACUAUGCAUCCUGGGGUGAACUGCAUAAGCUUCACUGGUGGAGACACAGGAAUUGCAAUUUCAAAAAAGGCAGGCAUGAUUCCUCUUCAGAUGGAAUUGGGAGGAAAGGAUGCCUGCAUUGUACUUGAGGAUGCUGACCUAGAUUUGGUAGCAGCAAACAUAAUAAAGGGGGGCUUUUCUUACAGUGGCCAAAGAUGCACAGCUGUUAAGGUUGUCUUGGUGAUGGAAUCUGUGGCUGAUUCCUUGGUUGAGAAAGUGAAGGCUAAAGUGGCAAAAUUGACUGUUGGGCCACCUGAGGAUGACUGUGAUAUCACUCCAGUGGUGUCAGAGUCAUCUGCCAAUUACAUUGAAGGAUUGGUUAAGGAUGCUAAAGAAAAAGGAGCUACAUUUUGCCAAGAGUACAAAAGAGAGGGCAACCUUAUCUGGCCUUUGUUGUUAGAUAAUGUAAGGCCUGAUAUGAGGAUUGCAUGGGAAGAACCAUUUGGACCAGUUCUGCCAGUUCUUAGGAUCAAUUCUGUAGAAGAAGGAAUCCACCAUUGCAAUGCUAGCAAUUUUGGACUCCAGGUAUAAAUUUCUUUUAUUUUCU